AUGCUGGGAAAUAUCUCAUUCUCCCUUGUUCGACAGCGACCAGAAGUGGGUUGUUUGUGGAUAUCGGAGUCAUCUACACUCCUUGUUGGAUUCAACCUUCACUCGCUCAAGAGUUGGUUGGAGGAAGGAUGUCUUGUUCCAUUGUGUAUCCUAUCUUUGGUGGUUUUGGAUGGUGGCUGCUCUUUAGAUGGAUGGACGGACCGGAGUUGA